UCCCAGGCACGGCUCAGUGUACCAAACAAUAACAGCUCCUCCGGUGCUUCUGUCCCGUCAACAGAAAAGAAAGGGCAGGUUUUUUCGCGGUUUUAGAGGAUGACUUACAAGAUCUGAACCUUGAUCAGACAGAUAACAGUAUAAUCGCGCAGUUGCGGCAGCCAGCCAUCCCAUUCUGCUUUUGCAUAGUGUCCAUUAACAACAAGCACCAGCAAAGACCGACGGUGAAGGUCGGUGCAGGUGUGGGAGCGAGAGAGAGAGAGACACAGUGGACAGUAGAUCCAAAUGAGCAAGCAGUCGCAGCAGAAGCCAACCAGCACAGAUCAGAACGGCGUGAGUGUUAUACAGAUCCAGGCCCACAGCAGCACGUCCAACUCCACAGGAGCCACAGCAGGCCUACAGCAGGUCCCACAGUUAGUCCCAGUCAGCCCAGGAGGAGGCGGCAAGGCUACACCCCCCAGCAAGAUGAAGAAAACGAUUGCAGACAAAGACAGCGAUGAAUACCGGCAGCGGCGGGAGCGCAACAACCUGGCUGUGAAGAAGAGCCGCAUGCGCAGCAAGCAGAAGGCACUGGACACACAGCAGCGUGUCAACGAGUUGAAGGAGGAGAAUGAGAGACUGGAGGCCAAGAUCAAGCUCCUCAGCAAAGAACUGAGUGUGCUCAAAGACCUGUUCCUGGAGCACGCCCACAAUCUGGCAGACAACGUGCAGCCACCCACUGCAGCCAUCACCGCCGGAGACCUCUGCAAUAACAACAACAGCGGUAGCAACAACGGCAGCCAGUGAGAAUCACUUGUUUCGGCUGCGCAUCAUACGGCGGCCAUUUUGAUUUAACCCCUUUUUUAUUUGGAGUUUGAUCAACUCUGCGACCUGCUAAAUUUAACAGACUGAAUUUUCUUGAGCCCAUUACCAGUUCAAAAAAAUCAAGCCUCCUAUCUCCUCAUUCCAGGUUUUCUACCACUUGUGAUGAAAAUCCAGACUGUAAUGAUGUGUGGAUUAUUAAAAAUGAGCAGUAUCAAUUAAUUAAAUGAAAGAAAAAAAAAAGUUUUAUUUAACAUUUAACACUGUUGCAUUUGAAGAUAGCCUUGGUUGGUUUAUUCCUGCAGCAUGGAUUUCCCAUGUGGAAAAGAUCAGUGGCUUUAUUUUAUUUGGAUUGGAAUAGGGCAUUUCUUUCUGUUCUUGGGUUGUGUAUGAUCUGUCACUACUUUGUUGUCUUUUAUACACUCAGAUUCUGUUUUCAUUCUGACGUAGUGUGUAAAUAAGUAUGGAGUGAACGUCGAGAAGCAUUACCAAUGCUCAAAAAUGCCUUGGGGAAGGAUUUUUCUGAAAGUUAGUUAAAGGAUCAUAGUAAAUCAGUUGCCAACAUGAGAAUGAGUCACUAACCAGCGUUUGUUGUUGUUUUUUUAAAGCAGCUUUAUAAAAACGAAGCCGCAGGCCCAGCUCUUGAUCAGCCUUUGGCAGCUUGUCAGAUUCAUAAGAAAUGCCACAAACAUGUUUGCACGAAUUGUUCUGAAUGCCAUAAGAAAAAGUGCACGAUCCGGCUGGCUCAGACAUUUGCAGAUAAACUGUUGAACUUUUUUCCUUAACUCUGAGGGCAAAUUCUGGAAAACCUAUUGCUAUUUUUAUUAACAGAUACAAAUAUUCACAUAAUACUUGUAUGGCCAUUUGACCUACCGUAGAAAGACAUGGUCUGAGCUGUCAGUAAAUGUAUGUACGAUAAUAUUUUUGUUGGAGGUGCUUGAUGUUUUAUUUAAAUUGUUCCAGAGGCAGCGGAGAACAUGCUUGAUCACAGAAAUCUGACAGACGUGUCCUGUACUGGUCAUGCAUUUUGAAAUAUAGUUUAGUAUAGCUUGGUAACUAUGGCUGGUUUCACGUUACUAAUAUCAAGUAGAUUAUGUUUGUAGAUACAUAUUGGGCUGUCUGACUAAAUGAAACUUUGAAGAACUUUUAACCCUUAGAAAUCACAGUUAUCACCAGCAAUAACAAAGGCAUAUUAUGAGUUAUUGUCAAUUAUCUCUUGCUAAUAGCUCGCUGAAAUAAGACACUGUUUGUGUUUGGAAGUAGAAGAGAGAUUUUGUAUUAAGAAUUUGAGGUUAUUGUGCAUACAGAAAGAGAAACAUCCUGUACAUUUCUUAACAUCAAAACAGACAGAAGGGAGAAGAGCAAACUCAAUUCAGAACAUGUAUCAAAUGUAAAUGUUAUUAAUUACGACUUCUAAGGGUUAAAGUGACCCAAAGAGCAAGUUCAGAAGAACUUCAGCCAACAUGACCAUAUCAUAUCACCGGUGGGAUUUCAAAAGAAGCUGUUUUUGAAGAAAAAAAAAAAAAAAAAAAAAAGGAAGUGACAUCAAA